AUGCUGGGCUUCUUAGACCUCCCCUUCGAGAUCCGAUACAUCAUCUACGGCCUAUGCCUCAAGCAGCCCGACUCAAUUCUCCACAUCCACCGCACACACAAAGUCCGCCGUACCGCACUCCGCAUGAAAAACAUCGAAAAAUGGCCAACCAAUCUACGAGGCUCCCUCCCCCAGGACCUGAACCUCUGCCCACAGCUCCUCGCAACUAACAAAUUCAUAUGUCUCGAAGCAAGCGCCAUCCUCUACAACUUCAACAUCUUCACCUUCAUCUGGUCCCCCGGUUUCUACGACCGCACAAUGACCCGUCUCGCACCCCGCAUAUCCCUCUACCCCGGCAGCAUACAGCACGCACACAUCCACAUCGACGGCAUGUGCGAAAAACCCACCAAAUCCCUCUACGACCUCGUGCAGUCCAUGGUAGACGACCAUGUCCGCCUGCAAAGCUUCGCGCUCUCCCUGCACGUGAGCGGAUAUCGUCCUACCAUGGGGCCAAUGCUGGCCAUGCUGGUGCAUCAGAUUAAGGCGAAGAGGAAUGAGUUGCUGCUUGUGACGGGGACGAGACCUUGGAAUGGUGUGACUUGGGGGUAUCAGAAGAUCUUGGGGGUGCAGAGGAAACAGGGCGGUGAGGGAAUGGGGGGUGUUUGGUUUUGA